ACCACAUUUACCCCAGCACCAACCAAGAACCCCAACCUUUCUACGGGGUUAUUUCUGCUCCUCUAUUUUCAUUAAAUAAGUGCUUGUGCCAGUACCUUCUUUUUACCUGGAAUAGAUGAUCUACAAUAAAGCAUCUACGCAUUAAACCUCUGAUUCUUUUCCAUCAAUGGCUUCCACAUCCACUCCAACGUUUGAGGAAGUCCGUAAAGAAUAUGACGAUCAGGCUCCAUCAUAUAAUAGCCUCUUGAAAUUGCCUUUCGGUAUCUUUGAAUCCCAGCUCUUCGAAUCUGCCGUCAGAAGAGACCUUUUUUGCCAGGGAUCUACUGUUUUGGACCUCGGUGGUGGUACUGGGCUUAGAGCCCGUCAAGCCCUAGAGGCAGGUGCUGCGAAGGUAGACGUCGUCGACAUAUCAAUUGAAAUGAUGGAAGUCGGUAUGAAAGACACCGCAGUACUCAUGGGGCCGAAUGAAAGCGCAAAGAUUCGUUGGUUUUUAGGUGAUGCGUCAAAGCCCCUAUUCGGCCAGGGGGGUAUUGCUGAACUUCAAGCAUCAUAUGAUGUGGUGAUGGCAAAUUGGAUAUUUGACCAUGUAGAUAGCCUCUCAGUGCUCGAUGCAAUUUGGCGUAACAUUGCGGCUGCACUACGACCGGGUGGCCGAUUCAUCGGGGUGCGCGCAUGCGAUCCACGCACUCAAGCCAUGGUCACAGGGAAGUACGGACCUACAUGUCAGGAUUUUGCGGAAUUUCAUGGAGGCCUUUAUUACAGUUCUACGAUACCUGAUGAUUCGGGCCCACCUGUUCAGCUCAAAAAUGCGUCAUUGAAAAUAAGCUAUACAGGAUCUUCAGAAAUGUACGAAAGAUAUGGGUUUCACAGAGUCGAGAUUGAGCCAUGCGAAAACACUAAGGUUGUUCGCGAUGAUCCCGAGUAUUGGAAGUUGUGGGUAGAACAUCCAGGAUUUGUAAUUGUGAGGGCGUGGAAGAAGUAAAUGUAUUUACAUAAAGCACCUAGCCUACCUCACUACAAUGGAGUACACCAUCGUGCCUUAAAUAGUAACUCUGUUCGUCAGAGAGAACCUUUGAUUAGUGCCAUACAUAAAGUGAAUGUCAGGAUAGAUGU